GUGCUGGGAGCUCAGAUUUCGCCUUUGAAAAAGCAGCGUCGGAUACUUUAGAUGAGCACCUCGCAGAUAGCUGGGUUGCUUGAUUUGAAUUUGAGGAGUUGAAAAGCCUGUUUACUUUCUUGCUUUGAUGUUGGGUAGAUCUGGUUUUGAUUAGAUCAAUACCCCUUUCUCUCCCCCUACCUCCCCCCUUCCUUUUCUUUCCAGAAAGGAGGCUCAGAUGAGCCCCUGCUGACUUGAGAGAGAAAGAGAGACCACGCUGAUCGCUGACAGGAGCUGGGGGAAGAGAACAAUUCCCGAACUCCGUGCGCAGAGCUCCCUCGCCAUGAGCAGUGCUGUGCUGGUGACUCGCCUCCCAGACCCCAGCAGCAGCUUCCACGAGGAUGCCCCCCGGCCCCCCGUUCCGGGGGAAGAAGGGGAGACCCCACCGUGCCAGCCCGGGGUGGGAAAGGGCCAGGUCACCAAACCCAUGCCUGUCUCCUCCAACGCCAGGCGGAACGAGGGUGGGCUGGGAGAGCCUGAGGGGCGGGCAUCCCCGGACUCCCCUCUGACCAGGUGGACCAAGUCUUUGCACUAUUUGUUGGGCGAUCAAGACGGUGCUUAUCUCUUCCGCACUUUCCUGGAGAGGGACAAAUGCGUGGAUACCUUGGACUUCUGGUUUGCCUGCAAUGGGUUCAGGCAGAUGAACCUGAAGGAUGCCAAAACUUUACGAGUAGCCAAAGCGAUCUACAAACGGUACAUCGAGAACAACAGCAUCGUCUCCAAGCAGCUGAAGCCUGCCACCAAGACCUACAUUAGAGAUGGCAUCAGGAAGCAGCAGAUUGACUCCAUCAUGUUCGACCAGGCCCAGACUGAGAUCCAGUCGGUGAUGGAGGAAAAUGCCUACCAGAUGUUUUUGACUUCUGAUAUAUACCUCGAAUAUGUGAGGAGUGGGGGAGAAAACACAGCUUACAUGAGUAACGGGGGCCUGGGGAGUCUAAAGGUCGUGUGUGGCUACCUCCCCACCUUGAACGAGGAAGAGGAGUGGGCUUGUGCCGACUUCAAGUGCAAACUGUCACCCACCGUGGUGGGCUUGUCCAGCAAAACCCUGAGGGCUACAGCCAACGCGAGGUCCGCGGAGACCGUUGAAAAUGGAUACAGGUCCUUCAAGAGGAGCGACCCUGUUAAUCCAUACCACGUAGGUUCUGGCUAUGUCUUCGCGCCAGCCACCAGCGCCAAUGAUAGCGAGAUAUCCAGCGAUGCACUGACUGAUGAUUCCAUGUCCAUGACGGACAGUAGUGUAGAUGGAAUCCCUCCUUAUCGUGUGGGGAGUAAGAAACAGCUCCAGAGAGAAAUGCAUCGCAGUGUGAAGGCCAAUGGCCAAGUGUCUCUACCUCAUUUCCCGGUGAGUACAGUCUAGUGGGGAAGGCAGAUGUUUUCAGCCAUGUUGAGUCUUGAAGAAAAGGGAUGGGAGGUGGAAGGAGGGAGGUCUAGGGUAAGAGGAGGAGCAGGGUCUGGG